UAAAAAUGUGUCACUAACAUGCAAAGCAUGCAUUUUCCAUAGUUAUUUGCAACGUACAUUCGCAAUUAAAGUGAAUAACAUGCAAUAGAUACCUACAGGAUAUAGCAGGACAACACAGGACUUUCGAGAAUAACUACAUUCAGUUGAAUUUCAUAAUUCGCUGAAGGCGAACACAAGUCACGCUUGACAAACGAAAUUGAAAGUAAAUUUAAGGAAAUUCAAAAAAUAUAAAAUAAAAAUUUAAAAAUGAAAUCGCUAGGCGAACAACUUGUCUGGUGCGUGCUGCCCACCUGCCUCCUUUGGAUCUUCCACCAACUGGCGCUCAGUCAGGCUUAUAUGCGCAGCGUACACAUCGAGGAGAUACCAUUUAGUCUGGCAGAUAGCGCCGACGAAGCGUUUCAAAAGGAAGGCCGCUUAUUUGGACCGAGCUUAGAGACAGAAGAACGUGGCAUACUAGCGAAAUCUGGACUAGAACAGCGGCGCGGCUUCUUCCAUCUCUUCAAUAUUCCAUAUAUAGUUUGCUUCUUUGCCGCCAAAGGCAAAUGGCCCUUCAUACCGACCUUCAUGCAAGGACGUGUCGAUGCAACGGCCAGGACAUUUUUCAAACAAAACGAUAGCGCCAUUAAGCAGUUUUGCCAAAAGUGGAUACAGAUAAAGCAGUGUUUCAGACCACUUUUCGCUACAACAAGCCCCAGCGAUGUUGAACAGCUUGAUCCGCUACGCUCUACGCCUUGUACUUGCGCUAACUCGAACGAACCGAUUGUUUACUUCGAUCGAGAUCACAUUGGCAAUGUAAGCCGUGACACGAUUCUAAGUACCAUUGAGUUUCUAGAAACUUUUCUGGUUCCACCAGUGUCGCCCACGAAGAAGUCGAAGAAGAAAAAUCGCGUACGCAGUCGCGUGGAUGAAAUGGAUAUUGAAUGAACCCUUUUAUGUAACCUUCUUAUUAAUGACCGCUAA